CCGUGGCCCCGAGUCCGACCUGAGAGCGCAGCCCGCGCUGCCGACAGGACCAAGGAAGAUGUCUGCGCUCAAGCGGAUGAUGCGGGUCUCCAAUCGCUCCCUGAUCGCUUUCAUCUUCUUCUUCUCCCUCUCCACGUCCUGUCUCUACUUCAUCUAUGUAGCUCCAGGCAUCGCCAACACAUACCUCUUUAUGGUACAGGCUCGAGGUAUCAUGCUGAGAGAGAAUGUGAAAACAAUUGGACAUAUGAUCAGGCUGUACACAAAUAAAAACACCACGCUCAAUGGGACAGAUUAUCCUGAAGGCAAUAAUUCAAGUGACUAUCUUGUUCAAACAACAACGUAUCUUCCACAAAACUUCACCUAUUUACCGAACCUCCCCUGUCCAGAGAAGCUGCCUUAUAUGCGGGGCUUCCUCAAUGUCAAUGUGAGUGAAAUCAGUUUUGAUGAAGUUCAUCAGCUCUUCUCCAAGGACAUAGAGAUUGGGCCAGGAGGCCACUGGAGGCCCAAAGACUGUAAGCCCAGAUGGAAGGUGGCAGUUCUCAUUCCCUUCCGUAACCGCCAUGAACAUCUUCCAAUUUUCUUCCUGCACCUGAUUCCAAUGCUCCAGAAACAGCGGCUGGAAUUUGCCUUCUAUGUUAUCGAACAGACCGGCACACAACCGUUCAAUCGUGCCAUGCUCUUUAAUGUGGGUUUCAAAGAGGCCAUGAAAGACAACGCCUGGGACUGUGUGAUCUUCCACGAUGUGGAUCAUCUGCCUGAGAAUGACCGGAACUAUUACGGAUGUGGAGAGAUGCCGCGUCACUUUGCAGCGAAGCUGGACAAGUACAUGUACAUUCUUCCAUAUAAGGAGUUCUUCGGUGGGGUGAGUGGCCUGACUGUGGAGCAGUUUAGGAAGAUCAACGGCUUUCCCAAUGCCUUCUGGGGCUGGGGAGGAGAGGACGACGACCUUUGGAACAGAGUUCACUAUGCUGGGUAUAAUGUAACCCGGCCGGAGGGGGACUUGGGAAAAUACACAUCUAUCCCUCAUCACCAUCGGGGAGAAGUACAGUUCUUAGGGCGGUAUAAAUUACUAAGGUAUUCCAAGGAGCGUCAGUACAUCGAUGGAUUGAACAAUUUAUUAUACACACCCAAAAUACUGGUUGAUAGGUUGUAUACAAAUAUAUCUGUAAACCUCAUGCCAGAGUUAGCUCCAAUUGAAGACUAUUAAAAGAAGUCUCUCGUGGUGGGGUAGACCACAGUGCUGGAUUGUGAACUUGGCUUGGAGUGUACUCUCCAUGGAGGUUAGAGAUUGACAUGUCUCAAUGUCCCAGUCUGUGAAAAGAGCCAGCAGUCCUUAAUGUUUACAGCGUGGGACUCCAUACCAUCACACUCCCCCACUCUCCUCCCUGCUUUGGGGCAUCCUCCAUGGCAAGCAUUGUAGAAACCUGAACCCAUUGCUUGGGAUUGGAAGUGAAGAGAACUCCCUACAAAGAGAAGAUUUUUAUACUGAAAUCUAUAAUUUAAUUCAAGAGAAUGCUUUUAUUUCUGUUCAAAACAUAUUUUGUACAUAUGUGAUGUAAAUUAAAUGUGUUCAAAUUGUUGAAAAAUAAGAUGUCACAAUUUUGCAUGUGAUUGGUUAUGCCUUCAUUGGACUUUUAUAGACAUUUUUUUAUUUGCAUGGGGAAAAUUAUGUAAAUCUAUGUCUCGAAACAAAGGUUAAGCCUUGUAUGGCGUGAAGGGAAUAUCUGUGAUGGAUACAGUAACUGUUCUACUGAUGUUCAGCUUUAGACCUUCAGCCUCCUGUGGGCCCAGGCCCAGCCCUCUGAGGGCUCGGAAGGAAAGAGGGAAAGACGCACACAGCUUUUCUUCCUGCCAGAAUUACCUGGUUUGGUUUGGUUUUGUUCUGUUUUUCCUUGCUUGCAAUCUCAUCAGAUUUUGCCAAGUCAACAGCCAUACUGUUUAUGCGCACUGCAUGAGUAUUACCAAGAAAACCUUCAAAGUUGUGAAGUGACAUGCUGUACAGGACCUCUUCACGUUAACUGUCUCUAUGUACCUCCAAUGUAAGUGUCAGGGAUCUUGUGCCUCAAAAAAAAAAAAAA